UCGUUCACCAACCGAAAUUAGAUCCAAUCCAUAAACCAAUCAGUGGUCUCAUCAAUCAGCCUCUCCAGUCUCCACCCCAAAACCCUACACCGUCGCAGGCAUGUUCCGAUCACGUCUAACCACCGCCAUCCGCCAUUUUAGCGGCUCCGCCACCAGUCGGUGGACCACCCCGGGCCACCAGGUCCGACCUAACGGCUACUUCUUAAACCGCACACCUCCUCCACCAGGCCAGUCACGUAAAUGGGAGGAUUGGGAGCUACCGUGCUACGUCACCAGCUUCCUCACAAUCGUCAUCCUAGGCGUCGGACUCAACGCUAAACCAGAUCUAACGCUUGAAACUUGGGCGCACCAGAAGGCGAUCGAACGGCUCGAAGCGCAAAGGAGUUCUGCGUCUGGAUCUGACGGAUCUGAGUGAUUGAUUGAUUGAGUGUUUGUUGACGAAGAAGCAUCUGGUAAAAAUUUUACCUAAUUUUACUUGUUUGUUGUGGGAGAUCGAGUUGAUUUCUGUUGACUGAAUGUUAAGUUUUUGAAGAUAUGAUAUGUUCAUAUAUGUUUUUGAUGAAUGACCUAGUUUUUCCAAUAAUACUAUUGACGUAAUUUUACUU